AUGCGUCCGCCCAAAUCCCUACAACCAAUCUCAUCAUCUCCUCAACACCGGAUCAGGCCCAACGACACUCCGACGCCGAGAACCCAGUCCCCUACCCCGGCGGUCCCGCCGCUGCCGUUCCCUACAUCAGCCCAUGACGGAAGAUUUGAGGUCGAUGAGUUUGAUCCCAGGUUGAUAGAGCUCAGGUGUCUCAAGGGAGGAGCAGAGGAAACAGAAAAGAAGAACGAACCCAAAUUCAGUUACAUUCCAUGUUUGGACAACUUCGAAAUACAUUGCCCCGACUCAGCUCUUGAUUGCAUCGUCCAUAUGCCAAAUGGCUACUAG